UCCAGACCUCUUCUCCUAGAACUAAAAACCAGACCUCACACCUUCAGGUCCAGAUCUCCUCUCCAAGAACUAGAAAACAAGCCUUACACCUUCAAGUCCAGACGUCUUCUCCAAGAAGUAGAAACCAGACCUCACACCUUCAUGUCCAGACGUCUUCUCCUAGAACUAGAAAGCAGACCUCACACCUUCAUGUCCAGACCUCUUCUCCUAGAACUAGAAACCAGACCUCACACCUUCAGGUCCAGACCUUUCUCCUAGAACUAAAAACCAGACCUCACACCUUCAUGUCCAGACGUCUUCUCCUAGAACUAGAAACCAGACCUCACACCUUCGAGUCCAGACGUCUUCUCCUAGAACUAGAAACCAGACCUCACACCUUCGGGUCCAGACCUCUUCUCCUAGAACUAAAAACCAGACCUCACACCUUCAGGUCCAGACCUCUUCUCCUAGAACUAGAAAGCAGACAUCACACCUUCAGGUCCAGACCUCUUCUCCUAGAACUAAAAACCAGACCUCACACCUUCAGGUCCAGAUCUCCUCUCCAAGAACUAGAAACCAGACCUCACACCUUCAAGUCCAGACGUCUUCUCCAAGAAGUAGAAAUCAGACCUCACACCUUCAGGUCCAGACGUCUUCUCCAAGAACUAGAAACCAGACCUCACACCUUCAAGUCCAGACGUCUUCUCCAAGAAGUAGAAAUCAGACCUCACACCUUCAGGAUGUUGUCAUCUCAUUCUGCUACCUCUGUCCCCACCUCCACAAGCCCCCCUCCACCUCGCACAGUGACGUCUGACCCUCGACAAGUUAACAUGGAAACCUACUGGAGAGAAGUACAGAGCAUCGAAGAGGAGCAGGAGGGGGAAGAAGAGGAAGAGGAGAGGAAGAGCAUGGAUGAGGUGGAGCUGGAGGAGGCAUGGCUGACGGAGGCGGGGUUAUCGUCCCUGGUCGUGGGCUCUUCGUCAACAGAGUCACCACCUGUGGCAGAGGCAGUGCUAUCCACGUUGACACGGCAACAAGCCGCCAUGGUGAAGAAGAGGCUGGAUAACUACAACGAGACACUGAGGAAGAGAAACAGGCAGCCAAUCAGAGACGUGCGCGACAUCUUCACUGAGCCUGAUGGUGACUCUGCAGGGCACUGCCCAUUCCCGACCCAAUCUCAUCCUGAGUCACCUCCAAGGAGGUACCACACCACAACCAAGACCAUCCGCCGCAACACUAACAGAGGGCGGUCCACUCUUCCCAUGUUUGUUUUCGAGGAUCAGCUUCCUGAAGACCCAUCAUCCCCUGCUCCCACCCCCUCCCCCUCCUCUCCUAACACAUACUCAUCACCGGUGAGCCAGUUGAGGUGUGCUGAUUGGCUACUGCGGGACACUCCCUACUCAGAGGGCGUGGCUGAGCACAAACAGGGCGGGACAUGCAGGGAUUGUGUAUGUUUCCAUGGAGACGAGAACAGUGAGCUGCAGUUUGCUCCCGUCUCGCCGUCACAUGGUCUCACCUGUGCAGAUGACCUGUCAUCACGUGACCUAACACGGCUCGGCUUCAUCUCUCACAUUGAACUCUCCACCUUCCUGCAGGCUCUGGGAGUCCAAACCAAACGCACCCGGCCGCCACACAGCAGGACUCGGGACGGCGGCGUGUUUGGCGUCUCUCUGAACUCUCUGUUGGACAACGACAGGAAGAAGUUUCCCGGAGUCAAAGUUCCUGUCUUCUUUCAGAAGUUGUUGAGCUUCUUGGAGCAGAAUGGUCUGCAGACUGAAGGAAUCCUUCGAGUUCCAGGAUCAGCUGCAAAACUGAAGUUCUUGCGGAGAGAGCUGGACCGGUGCUGGAGCAUCUUUGACUGGACUGAGGUGCGCCCGGUGGAUGCUGCAGGACUGCUGAAGCUUUUCAUCAGAGAGCUGCCCACACCCCUGCUGACACACACACACCUGUCCACGUUCUGCUCUGUUCUGGGCGUGUCCUCUGAGGUCCAUCAGGUCCAGGCUCUGCAGCUGCUCCUCCUUCUUCUUCCUGAAACCCACAGAAACACCCUGAGGGCCCUGCUGGUCUUCCUCCGUAAGGUGGUCUCUCAUCAGGACCAGAACCGGAUGUCUCUGUGGAAUGUGUCCAUGGUGAUGGCUCCCAACCUGUUCACUCACCGUAACCGUGGAAAGAAACUCUCCAUCACCAAGCAGCGAGAUGAGAUGGAGGAGGCAGUGGGUGGAGCUCACCUGAUUGGGCUAAUGAUCCGACACCAAGACCUGCUAUGGACCGUCCCAAACUUUCUUCUGGCCCAGGUGAGACAGGUGAACCAGGCGUCCAAUCAGAGAAAGUUUAACCUGAGCAGGACAACGUCCCGUCUUCUAAGGCGGAAGAACGAGAAGAACGACAGGAACCAGGUCAGUGAGCUGUGUGAAGGUGUCAUCAGGGUUCACGCUCCCCUACACACCAAGGUUUCCAUGGCGAUACAACUAGAUGAACUGACGACGGCUAAAGAUGUCACGACCCGUUUUGAGUCCGAGAUCAGCCCGGCCCAGUAUCUGUACGAAGUUGGAGGAAACAUCUAUGAGCGCCGCCUCCAGCCGGACUGCUGCCUGCUUGACGUCUACAGAGUGAAUCCUCACUGUGAUUGGCUGAUCAAACCCUGACGAGCCGUCCGAUUGUCAGUCACCUGAACUCACCUGUUCUGUUACCUUCUGAUGUAUGAAGAUGUUUCAAUAAAACCUGAACAUGG